UAAUUCUUGAAAAAAAACGGGAGUUGUAUGAAUAGACCCACCCACCUCAUCAGUCAUUACUAUUGCACAAUCAAAAGAGACAUUCCGGGUGGUGGCAUGAGCUUCAGACGUGCGCCCUUCUCCUCAAUGGUUCCGCAGCAUUCCUUCUUCCAAUCAAACCCGGGCCGACCCGUAUCACGAUUCUCACCUUUCUCGAAUCAGCGCAGCUACAUUUCUUUCUCUUCUGUUGUCUCUUGCUCGCUGAAGCCUCAAACGCCGAUGUAUCUGAGGCCAGCAACUUUCCGGGCCGAGCUGUCAGAGCUGAAAAGAUGGCACCUUUGGGCCGAAGCCCUAGCUUCCUCGGUCGGCUCUUCGUUCUUGGUCCAGGACAACGGCCCAGACUCCACACUCUUGCACAGAGAGCUCAACUGGCUGAUAGAAGACGCGGUUGAGACACCCGAAGCACUGUCACCCAAUUACCACGCUGAUGACACUGCGGUGUCACUAAGGGCGUGUCUGGAUGAUCUUUAUUCUCUCUGGAAGCAGAGGAUAGAAGUGAGAAGGCCAUUCCAGUACUUGGUUGGGUGUGAACACUGGAGAGACUUGGUAUUGGGCGUUCAAGAAGGUGUGCUGAUACCCAGACCAGAGACUGAGCUGAUUGUGGAUUUAGUGAGCGAUGCGUUCGAGAAAGAUGAUCAAUUGAGAAAUGGGGUCUGGGCUGAUUUGGGUACUGGAAGUGGUGCUCUUGCUAUUGGGCUUGCUCGGGUUUUGAGCCCGUCUGCAUUGGUCGUAGCCGUUGAUUUGAGCCCAGUUGCUGUUGCAGUCGCCUCUGCCAAUGUGCAGAGGUACAACUUGCAGAGUAAAGUGAAAGUAAAACAGGGGUCUUGGUUUGAGCCACUCAAGGAUGAAGGAAGAGGAUUGGACGGGGUUGUAAGCAACCCACCAUAUAUUGCAAGCCAACAAGUUGCUGGUUUACAGUCUGAAGUUGCCAAACAUGAACCAAAGCUUGCCUUGGAUGGUGGAUCAGAUGGUUUAGAUUGUCUCCUGCACCUUUGCAAGGGAGCUGCCUCAGUGUUGAAACCGGGCGGUUUCUUUGCAUUUGAGACGAACGGGGAGGAACAGAGUAAAUUUCUUGGUCAGUACUUGGAAAGAGUACACAAAGGUGCCUUCUCGGAUGUGAAGAUUGUGCCUGAUUUUAGGGGUAUCCACAGAUUCAUCACUGGUUUUCGCACUGAAUGAAAUGAUUUCUUUUUCUUACAAGGCAAAGUUGUACGUUGAUAACAAAAAAACAAAUAUUUGAUUUAUGUGCAGCAUCAGUGUAAUUUUCACCAUUUGGAAACAAUUAUUAUUUUUAUCAUUGAAUAAUCCAAGAAUAGUAC